AAAUAUCCAUAUAUUGACACAUAUAUUUAUCAUGUCGAUACAAUUCAUCUUAGUGCUAAACCGACAGGGUAAAACCCGGCUUAUGAAAUGGUUCAAUAACGUUUAUAAACAACAAGAAAAGAUCCGGCUUGUUUCGGACAUUCAUCGGUUAUUAUCUUCACGAGAUCUGAAACAUCAAUCAAACUUUAUAGAAUUCCAAAAGAAUAAACUUGUAUACAGACGUUAUGCAGGGUUACAUUUCAUAACAUCGAUUAACUUGAACGAUAAUGAGCUUAGUUAUUUGGAAAGUUUACACUUUUUGGUGGAGAUAUUGGAUGUUUAUUUCAACAAUGUAUGUGAAUUGGACCUAGUAUUCAAUUUUUAUAAAUUAUAUGCCAUCUUAGAUGAAAUAUAUCUAGGAGGAGAAAUACAGGAAAUAUCAAAGGCCAAGAUAUUGGAAAGGUUAUACGAAUUGGAUAAGUUAGAUUAAAAUGUACAUUAUUAUUAUUAUUAUUAUUAUAUUAGAAGUAUUGA